AUGGAGCUGAGUGAUGCUGAGACACUGCUGAGGGUGGAAAUCACCUACUCAGUCAGCCUUUCCCGCUGCACAUCUCCAAGGAAAGACAAAAGUGUCCGCAGCCUGCUGCUGACUUCUGUUGGGGAAAACAAAUGGCUUGGGCAGUUUGCUGUAGUGAAAAAAUGCCGUGAGAAAAGCACUGGUCAGCAGUUUGCAGCAAAAUUCAUCAAGAAAAGGAGAACGAAAUCCAGCCGGCGUGGAGUGAGCCGGGAAGAUAUCGAGCGAGAAGUCGGCAUACUAAAAGAGAUUCGACAUCCUAAUGUGAUCACGCUGCAUGAUGUUUAUGAGAACAAAACAGAUGUCAUUCUUAUUCUGGAACUUGUUGCAGGUGGAGAGCUCUUCGACUUCUUAGCUGAGAAAGAAUCUCUCACGGAGGAGGAAGCCACAGAAUUUCUCAAACAGAUACUUAAUGGUGUUCAGUAUCUCCACUCUCUGCAAAUUGCCCACUUUGAUCUUAAGCCUGAAAAUAUAAUGUUGUUGGACAGGAAUGUGCCAAAGCCUCGAAUCAAGAUUAUUGACUUUGGUUUAGCACACAAAAUUGACUUUGGAAAUGAAUUCAAAAAUAUCUUUGGAACGCCAGAGUUUGUUGCUCCUGAAAUAGUAAAUUAUGAGCCUCUUGGCCUUGAAGCAGAUAUGUGGAGCAUUGGUGUAAUAACUUACAUUCUUCUAAGUGGUGCAUCACCAUUUCUUGGGGAAACCAAACAGGAAACAUUAGCAAAUGUGUCUGCUGUGAAUUAUGAAUUUGAAGAAGAGUUCUUCAGUAAUACCAGUGCCCUAGCUAAAGAUUUUAUACGAAGGCUUCUAGUCAAGGAUCCAAAGAAGAGAAUGACUAUUCAAGAUAGUUUGCUGCAUCCUUGGAUCAAGCCUAAAGACACCCAGCAAGCACUUAGUAGAAAAGCAUCUGCAGUGAAUAUGGAGAAAUUCAAAAAGUUUGCAGCACGACGAAAAUGGAAACAAUCAGUGCGCUUAAUAUCCUUGUGCCAAAGAUUAUCAAGAUCUUUCUUGUCCAGAAGUAACAUGAGCGUCGCUAGGAGCGAUGAUACUCUGGAUGAGGAAGAUUCUUUUGUGAUGAAAGCUAUUAUUCAUGCCAUCAAUGAUGACAAUGUUCCUGGAUUACAGCACCUUCUGGGAUCUCUGACAAAUUACGAUGUCAAUCAACCCAACAAGCAUGGAACACCUCCGCUACUGAUUGCUGCUGGCUGUGGAAACAUUCAGAUGCUUCAGUUGCUUUUAAAGCGUGGAUCCCGUAUUGAUGUUCAAGAUAAGGCUGGAUCUAACGCAAUCUAUUGGGCUUCUCGACAUGGUCAUGUAGAAACACUGAAAUUUCUCAAUGAUAAUAAAUGUCCUUUGGAUGUUAAGGAUAAGUCUGGAGAGACCGCUCUCCACGUCGCAGCUCGGUACGGGCAUGUGGAUGUGGUUCAGUUUCUCUGUGGCAUUGGAUCCAAUCCAAACUUUCAAGACAAGGAAGAAGAAACCCCACUGCAUUGUGCUGCUUGGCACGGCUACUACUCUGUUGCCAAAGCACUCUGUGAAGCAGGUUGCAACGUGAACAUUAAAAACAAAGAAGGGGAGACUCCGCUCCUGACAGCAUCUGCUAGGGGUUACCAUGAUAUUGUGGAAUGCUUGGCAGAACAUGGGGCUGACCUUGAUGCAACAGACAAGGAUGGUCAUAUAGCCCUACACCUUGCUGUGAGAAGAUGUCAAAUAGAAGUAGUUAAAACUCUCAUCAGUCAAGGAUGUUUUGUGGAUUUCCAAGACAGACAUGGCAACACUCCCCUGCAUGUGGCCUGCAAAGAUGGGAAUGUUCCUAUUGUGAUGGCACUCUGUGAAGGAAGUUGUAAUUUGGAUGUCACUAAUAAGUAUGGAAGAACACCUUUACAUCUGGCAGCAAACAAUGGCAUUCUUGAUGUUGUCCGGUUCCUGUGUCUUACUGGUGCCAAUGUAGAAGCUUUAACCUCUGAUGGGAAAACAGCAGAAGAUCUCGCCAGAGCAGAGCAGCAUGACCAUGUAGCCAGUCUGCUUGCAAGACUUAAAAAGGAUACGCACCGGGGGCUUUUUAUCCAGCAGCUGCGGCACACACAGAAUCCGCAGGCCCGGAUCAAACUGAAGCUGUUUGGACACUCUGGUGCUGGGAAAACAACCCUCGUGGAGUCUCUCAAGUGUGGCCUGUUACGAAGCUUUUUCCGAAGACGUAGGCCUAGGCUCUCCUCCACAAAUUCAACCAGAUUCCCCCCAUCUCCUUUGUCUUCCAAACCUUCAGUUUCAGUAAGCAUUACGAAUCUUUAUCCUGGUUGUGAGAAUGUCAGUGUGAGAAGCCGUAGCAUGAUGUUUGAGCCGGGCCUGACCAAAGGGGUAUUAGAAGCUUUCGUUUCACCUGCUCAUCACUCUCACUUCUCUGCUGAUGACCAGUCCACUAAGGCCAUUGACAUUCAAAAUGCCUGCUUGCAUGGAGUUGGUGAUUUCAGCAUCUGGGAAUUCUCUGGGAAUCCUGUGUAUUUCUGCUGUUACGAUUAUUUUGCUGCAAAUGAUCCCACUGCAAUUCACAUAGUGCUUUUUAGUCUCGAGGAGCCUUAUGAAAUCCAGCUAAACCAAGUGACCUUUUGGCUCAGUUUCCUGAAAUCAUUAGUCCCAGUUGAGGAGCCAAUAGCAUUUGGUGGAAAGCUGAAAAGUCCCCUGUGUGUUGUUUUGGUUGCCACACAUGCUGACAUAGUGAAUCUUCCUCGGCCUGUUGCGGGAGAGUUUUGGUAUGACAAAGACAUGUCGUUGUUGAAAGAAAUCAGGAACAGAUUUGGAAAUGAUCUGCAAAUUUCAGACAAGUUAUUUGUCUUGGAUGCUGGAGCAUCUGGGUCUAAAGAUAUGAAGCUUCUCCGAAAUCACUUGCAAGAAAUAAGAAGCCAGAUAAUUUCUACUUGCCCACCUAUGACUCAUCUGUGUGAAAAAAUAAUCUCCACACUGCCUUCAUGGAGAAAAAUGAAUGGACCCAACCAGCUGAUGUCCUUGCAGCAGUUUGUAUACGAUGUACAGGAACAGCUUAAUCCCCUAGCAAGUGAAGAGGACCUACGGCAUAUUGCACAGCAGUUGCACAGCAUAGGAGAAAUUAACAUUAUGCAGAGUGAAACUGUCCAAGACGUUGUGCUUCUGGAUCCUCGCUGGCUCUGUUCAAAUGUCCUUGGAAAAAUCCUGUCUGUGGAGAACCCAAAAGCUCUCCAUCACUAUAGAGGUCGGUACACUAUAGAGGACAUCCAGCGUCUGGUGACAGACAGUGAUGUGGAAGAACUGAUACAGAUUUUGGAUGCCAUGGAUAUUUGUGCAAGGGACCUUAGCAGUGGAGCAAUGGUGGAUAUUCCUGCUCUCAUAAAGACUGACAAUCUCCACAGGUCUUGGACAGAUGAGGAGGAUGAGGUGCUGAUUUAUGGUGGUGUUAGAAUCGUUCCUGUGGAACAUCUUACCCCAUUUCCUUGUGGAAUUUUUCAUAAAGUUCAGGUGAAUCUCUGCAGGUGGAUUCAUCAGCAAAGCACAGAGGGAGAUGCUGAUAUACGUCUGUGGGUAAACGGAUCAAAGAUUGUAAAUCGUGGAGCUGAGCUUUUAGUGCUUCUGGUAAACCAUGGUCAGGGUAUAGAGGUUCAAGUUAGAGGACUGGAAACAGAGAAGAUCAAGUGCUGUUUACUUCUGGAUUCUGUAUGCAGCACUAUUGAUAACUUAAUGGCCACAACCUUACCAGGCCUUCUGACCGGGAAAUACUACCUAAGUCCUCAGCAGCUGAGGGAACAUCAUGAACCAGUAAUGGUCUACCAGCCUAGAGACUUUUUUCGUGCACAGAGUCAAAAGGAGACAUCACUAACUAACACUAUGGGGGGAUAUAAAGAGAGCUUUAGCAGUAUACUGUGUUUUGGGUGUCUUGAUGUCUACUCCCAGGGAAGCCUAGGAAUGGAUAUUCAUGUUUCUGAUCUGAAUCUACUUACCAGGAGAAAACUAAGUCGACUUUUGGAUCCACCAGAUCCUAUGGGCAAAGAUUGGUGCCUUCUGGCCAUGAACCUGGGCCUCCCUGAUCUUGUUGCAAAGUACAAUACAAAUAAUGGAACACAAAAUGACUUUGUCUCAAGCCCAGUCCAUGCCCUUCUGCAGGAGUGGAGCAAUGCUCCUGAGAGCACUGUAGGUAUCCUGAUGUCUAAGCUGAGGGAACUAGGUCGCAGAGAUGCAGCAGACUUUUUACUGAAGGCAUCUUCUGUAUUCAAAAUAAAUUUAGAUGCUAAUGGUCAAGAGGCUUAUGCUUCCAGUUGCAACAGUGGCACAUCUUAUAACUCGAUUAGCUCUGUAGUGUCACGGUAAGAGCAGGUGUUUUGCAUGGACAUCUUUUCAAACUGCAAAAAGGAUAAAAGAUACAGUACAAGAGUUUCUGUGCAUUUUCAUUUAUGAGGUUUUACAUCAAAGGAUCUUUAUCCUUCUCCAGCACCACCUUUUUGUGCGUAAACUUUCUACUUCUAACUGUGAAUUGUUGCUUUUUAUCUAUCAAAAAGGCCGAUGUACUUCUGGUGUUUCAAAAUUAUUCCUGAUACAUAAUGUGCUGCUUA